AACCCAUCCUCUCUUUCCAUCAGAGAGUUCGGCUGCUCCUCUUCAUGGCUCUGCUGGCGCACCUGGCUCGAGACGCAGAGGGCGUGGCCACCUGCUGCUCGAGCGCGUCAGGGUCCUGCAAAUUAUACGAGAUUCUGUGCCGCGCGGGACGCCGAAACGACACUUCCGUCGCCAGGCAUAUCAGCCGCUUUAAUAACGACGCUGCUGUCGGGAUUCUAACACUUGGCAAACGUAAAGUGGGCGAGAGACGCGUCCAAGACCGCCUGCAACAACUCCUGCACGGCUCACGCAAUCAAGCGGCGGGAAUCCUGACUAUGGGAAAGAGAUUCGAGGACGGCGGGCACCUGCCGCUCGUGUUCGCGGGAGGGACGGUGAGCUCGCCCUUGAGACUCGGACUGGAGCGUCUGCUGAAAUAUCUGAUGCCCAGGGAACCUGAAGAUCUGGACGCUUAUGAAAAACGAUGACACUUGCCGCUUU